GCCGACGCAAAUUGGGAACAUUAUCUAUCAUGAGUUUCAGCUCACGAAAUCGACACCGUUCCAGGAACAAGUAGGGCACGCCAUAGAUGGUGCAGCGUACUCUGCGAUGGAGCUGGGACAACAAGGACGCAAUGUCACUUGGCAGACUUGCGACGACAUCGUCUGCCGCGAAGAGUUCUUGGAUACUGGUCACCUAAAUGCGAACAACAACAACAAUACCUUUCGGGACAUAGAUGUUGACUGGCCCGUCUUUCCCAUAUCGGUUGACUUGGGAAGUGUCGCUUUUGUGGAUUCACCCGUUGUCUGGGCGGUUGGAUAUGUGCGCGAUCCAAGCAUCAGUUACACAUUGUCAGGAAACACGGAAUCCCUCCGCCCGUACUACACAACACAGUAUCCUACCACCGAAGAGGCCUUGGAGUUCCUCGUCUCCGAUUUCAACAACUCGCUUACUCGGGCAAUAUUCCUCGAUGCGCAAGUUCGGAAAGCGGCUUCUAACAUCUCGGCUGACGGUAAACUGUUCGAUAUGCUUUCGCUCGCCACUCGCCAGGUGUUUGGUUCCCUCGAAAUAACGGCUCCCCAUGAGUCCGACGCGACCACUAGGAUCUUCAUGAGAGACAUGGGCAAUAGUCAACGCGUCACUCCCGUGGAGAAAUUGUACGCUGCACUACCUAUGUUUUUGUAUUACAACGCAACACUAGUCAAGCUACUCCUGGUACCGCUACUUGAACAACAGAAUACCUCGUUGGGCGCAUUUCCGUACGCAUCGAAAGACCUCGGCUCCUUGUUCCCGAAUGUAUCUGGUCCGAACCUAACAUCUACAGAGGCAAUCGAACAGUCGGGGAACAUGCUCAUCAUUGCACUCGCUUACGCCAAAUACUCGAACGAUACGUCGCUGCUUCAUGACUAUUAUCCCUUGCUCAAGAAUUGGGCUGAGUAUCUGACGCAACAUGGACAAUUUCCUGAGGAUCAAUCAUCCGUCGACGACGGAAGUGACGCCACAAACUCGACCAAUCUUGCGGUGAAGGGCAUCUUUGCCAUUCAGGCCAUGGCGGAGAUCAGUCAACUAGUCGGGGAAAGUGAUGAUUCUCAGCAGUUCAGCGUGAGCGAUCUACUAUGUACUACUACGACUUGACAAGAUCUUGGAAUCCUGACGAGUUUCGGCAUGUUUACAGAGCACAGCGUCCAACUAUAUGAACACAUGGGAAUCGCUUGCCAUAUCGUCAGGAGGCGCCUCUGCGUCCGUGAAUCCGACGUUGGACUCGGCAGUUACAGGCGUCUGGUCUUUACCGUAUAA